UCAGUGACCUUGACUGGACUGCUUAUGCCACAACUGACCAGAAAUCGAAACAUGAAUUAUCGUACACGUCUAAGAACCCUUCAGAAAUUUUUGCAAAACCCUUGUGGCUAGCGGUGUGCGCGCCCCCCCACAGCCGCCUGAUCUUCUUGACAAAACUUGCGCGCGUCGCAGCCUGCCAGCAUGACUUCUCGAGGCUGGCGGCAGCUUCUGAGUCGAAGCAUAAUUGCCAUGCUUCCGCCAUUUAACUUCCUCACGCUUCAUUAUGUAUACUUCAUUGCGACGUCUCUGAUAUGCAGCGUCAUAUUCUGGGGCUCCUCGACUCCGCGGCGCAGUGUUUCAUACACAGACUCCCUAUUUCUAUGCAUCAGUGCCAUGACGGGUGCUGGCUUAAAUACCGUCGACCUGUCUUCCCUGAAUUCGUUCCAACAGUCUAUCCUCUUCGCACUCUUACUGUUGGGGCAUGCUAUUCUCAUCUCAAUUACGGUGCUCUUCGUCAGGAUGGGCGCGUUUCAAGCCAAAUUUAAAGGCAUAUCACUUGAACGUGCCCGUAAAGCACUACAGCAACAACUGGUAGGACACGACACCAUACUUGAACCAAUCCAAGAGAGUGUUGCCUGCGAGGAACACUAUCAGCUGGCGAAGAUUGACAGUGCUACCCUUGAUGUCAAGCACGCGGUGACAGCAGGAGCUGCACCCGCUGAUAAGUGCAACGACGUGCGAGAUGACGACCAGAUCCGAUGGGUCGACGAUGAUCAAGUCACCCUCAGCCAUAUGAGGGCACGUCAAAAGCACCAUCAUCACCACCGCGUUUUCCCCAUGGUAGGCGUUGGGGCCCGUCUUGACUUGAACAACCACCCCCGAGAUGCUGCGCCAAGAAUGACCCAGAAUGAUGGAGAUACAGAUUUACCUGCCCUCAAAGGCCUUAUCAAGGGCACACAAAAAUACUUUAGGUCAAAAGGAUCUAUCGCACGAAAUUCCCAGUUCCAUGGGCUUACCCCUGAAGAGCGAGAGAGACUGGGAGGUGUCGAGUAUAAGGCCGUUUCCUUACUACUGGUCAUUGUUGCCCUCUACUGGAUCCUGUUCCUCGUUUGUGGUAUCAUUGGGAUGGGUACCUGGAUCGCUGUGAAUCAUCCAGAUAUACCUCGAGCAAACGGCCUAUCGCCUUUCUGGACAGGCGCAUUUUUUGCUGUGUCUGCAUUUGUGAACAGCGGCAUGUCGCUCUUGGAUGCGAAUAUGACUGCAUUCCAGACAAAUGCGUACCCUUUGCUUACCAUGGCAUUUUUAAUUCUGUCUGGGAAUACGCUUUACCCAUGCUUUUUGCGGUUUAUUAUCUGGGUAAUGAGAUGCUUGAUCCCAGAUAAGCCGUCAUGGGCGACAUGGAAGGUUACCCUGGACUUCAUCCUUGACCAUCCUAGAAGGGUUUACACAAACCUCUUCCCGAGAAGACAUACAUGGUACUUGCUCGGUACCAUUAUCAUCUUGAAUGCGAUCGACUGGGCUGGCUUCGAAGUCCUUUCAAUCGGAAACAAGGAGAUUGAAAGCUUGCCAACAGGGUAUCGAGUCCUAGACGGACUGUUCCAGGCUUGUGCUGUACGAGCGGGAGGCUUCUACGUCGUUACGAUUGCGGAUCUCCGUCAGGGACUACUCGUUCUAUAUGUUCUCAUGAUGUAUGUAUCAGCAUACCCAGUGCUGGUUACCAUGAGAAACACAAACGUAUACGAAGAGCGCUCCCUCGGAAUCUACGCUCACGACAACACGGACGACGAGACCGAAGAGAAGGCAUCACCAAACAUGCUCAUCCAAUUAGUCCGACACCACCUCCUCGGACGACAAGAUGCAUCCACCCCCGAAGCAUCCCGCAGUUACUUCGUCCACCAGCAACUGCGUUCCCAACUGAGCCAUGACCUUUGGUGGAUCGCCCUCGCCGUUUUCCUCAUUGCCAUCGCGGAAUCAGGCAACUACAGCCGCAUGCCCGUGGCAUAUUCGACCCUGAAUAUCAUAUUCGAGGUCGUCUCCGCCUACGGUUGCGUCGGCAUCAGUGUGGGCUUUCCGAGCUCGAAUGCCUCGUUCUGUAGCUCCUGGCAUACUAUCAGCAAACUUAUAUUGGCGGCUGUUAUGCUGCGCGGUCGCCACAGGGGUCUUCCGGUCGCUAUUGAUCGCGCUGUCAUGCUACCGAAUGAGUCCCUUGAGUGGGCGGAGGAGGAAGAUGCUGCUAUGAGACGUGAGCAGUCUCGUGCUUGGGGGAGUGAUAAAAUGCCUGUGGGGUCGGUUUAAGUGUUCACUCACUUUUGAAUGGGUUGCUUGAAGGUUAUUUGUGGAUGGGGUGGUAUGUUGAAG